CAAAAAUAAGCCCUUCAUGUUUACAGUUAAUUACACAACAGCCCCUUUCUUUCCUCCAUGAUCGACGACAAGGUCGAAUACGAUCGCUAUUUCUCAAUCUCUCUCUCUCUCUCUCUCCGUCUUCAUUCAAUCUAUCUCAGUGAUUUACUUGCAAGAGAAGUCGCCUCUUAAUCUCUCUCGAGAGAGGCUCAGUUUGUUUCACCAUGGCCGGCCAAAACGCGCGUUUGAAUGUGGUCCCCACUGUUACAAUGCUGGGCGUGAUGAAAGCUCGUCUCGUUGGAGCCACAAGAGGCCACGCGCUCCUCAAGAAGAAGAGCGACGCUCUAACCGUUCAGUUCAGAGCCCUUCUCAAGAAAAUCGUUACAGCCAAAGAAUCAAUGGGAGACAUGAUGAAGACUUCCUCUUUCGCUCUCACCGAAGUCAAGUACGUCGCCGGCGAAAACGUCAAGCACGUCGUCCUCGAGAACGUCAAAGAAGCAACGCUCAAAGUCCGGUCAAGACAAGAGAACAUCGCCGGCGUGAAGCUUCCCAAGUUCGAUCAUUUCUCCGAAGGCGAGACCAAGAACGACUUAACCGGUUUAGCUAGAGGUGGACAACAGGUCCAAGCUUGCCGUGUGGCUUACGUGAAAGCUAUUGAGGUUCUGGUCGAGCUUGCUUCUCUCCAGACUUCGUUCUUGACGCUUGAUGAAGCGAUCAAGACGACUAAUCGGAGGGUUAAUGCUUUGGAGAAUGUGGUGAAACCGAAGAUUGAGAAUACGAUCAGUUACAUCAAGGGAGAGCUUGAUGAGCUCGAGAGGGAAGAUUUCUUUAGGCUGAAGAAGAUUCAGGGGUACAAGAGGAGGGAAGUUGAGAGACAAGCGGCUAACGCUAAGGCCUUUGCUGAGGAGAUGGUUCUUGAAGGGAUCUCUAUGCAGAGAGGGAUUUCGAUAAACGCUGCUAGGGACUUGCUUGCUGGUGGUGCAGAGAAGGAUGCAGACAUUAUCUUCUGAGGUGUGUGUGUGGGGGCUCUCUAUUUAUCUUUUUGUGAUUGCUUUGUUUAUUAAUCUCUUCAUCAGAGUUUAUGUUUCUUCAAAAUAAAAUGGAUUUGAUGUAUAGAUGAAAGAUUGUGUCAUCUUGAGUUGUGCUUUGCUAUGAUUUUUCUGAAGAUAUUUGUGAUUGUUACUCUUAUAUGCUUACCUUUAAAAAAAAAAAAGCCUUGAUGAUA